AUGGAAAAAGUGAAUUCAAUUUUGCACAAGUAUCCCGAUGCGAUUGAGGUAUCUUUGGACCAUUGUGGAUUAAGAACUCUGGAUGAAGUUUUGGUGGAUUUGUCCAAACUCAAAUACCUCAAAGUAUUGAGGCUAUCGAACAACAACCUUCGGACAUUGCCAUCUGAUAUGAGCGGGCUUCAAAAGGUGGAAUAUCUAGAUCUGAGAAACAAUCUGUUUGAAAGCGCUCAAUCCGUGUUAGCCGGGCUAUUCUCGCUUCCAAAUCUCAAACAUUUGUACAUUACCCUUGAUGAAAAGGAAGAAGACGAAAUCAUUAUUUCAUUAUCCAAUUUGGAGUCUUUCAAUGGUACUCCCUUAACGGAUCUUCCUGAUGUUGAUCCACCAUUGUACUUCACCAUGGCUGAGGGCAAGAGAGAGCCCUCUUCUGUGGUGGUUGAACAACCUAACGAAAAUCAGUCUAUGAAUCAAGGCGAGCCUCAAACUGAGGAUUCAGUAUUACCGUUGCAAAAAGAGUCUCCCGCGAAGCCAAAUGCGACCUCUUCAAACACUGCUGCAACACAUACAGGAGAAGUAUUAUCUGUUGUAGACUCAUCGAACGAUGACUUGAAGGAUCUCAAGAGACUCCAUGACUCUAUUGGACUCUAUCUAGGACAAAGAACUCCGUUUGACGCAAGCACCACUCCAAUCCUAAAACAACUCAACAGAUCAAAAGAAACACCACAAGAGGCCCUGACCUACCAGAUUGAGUUAUUGAAUUGCAAAAGGCAAUUGUUUGACGUAUAUUUUGAGGAAGUCAUCGACAAGAUUUCUGAGGUUGAUAAAAAAGCCUCCAGCAUUCUCAUGAUUGUGAAGAACUCAUACUCAGAUAUGUGCGAAUCGUACUACUCAAUGAUCAAAACAUUUUCCACUGAUUGCUUUUCAAAGCUGGCAACUCUUCAGAAAGAUUUGGAUAGCGCUGAUAAGGAUAUUGCCAAUCUUCUAGAGGAAACUGAGUCGCUCCAACAAGUUGCAUCUAAAAGCGAGGAAGCCAAGGCAAAAUUGAUUCGCCAACACGAAGUAGAGCGAGAGCAAUUAUCUGAAGAAAUUGGAGUCUUAAAGCUAGAAAUUGAAAAAUAUAAAAAUCGAUUGGCUCAGGUACAAAUCAACAGACAGCGUCUGUCAAUGCAAGUAUCACAAACUCCACAACAAAUUCUUUCUCAAAGCAUGGUAAAACCAAAAGAUUCAAAACAGGUAAAGUUAAAACCUCUAAGCUUGAAACAACUAAAAGAAAUUAUUGAGGAAAUUUAUACCUCAAAGCACAAAUUUGAUCAGAAAUGUCAAGAGAGUAAACUACCAAGAGAAACAAUGGAACAGCAUUUGUACACAUUCCUCAAUCAAAAGUAUGGCCUUAAAACAUUAAUUUUUGAAUGGGCUACUGCUAUCAAUUUUGGUGUGAAAAGAUUCUCUAGAGAAGACAACGAAGUCAAAGUAUUCGGCAAAAUUCUUAAAAACGAAAUUGAUGAAGAAUUCAGAUAUGUCCAAAAGCAGCUAAAGGACACUACUGCAGAAUUGUUGAAGGUAUUUUUGAGAGGAAAAUAUAGCAAGAAGGUUGAUCAUGAAAUUCAUCAAAUCAUUCAAAAUAGGUUAAAUGGUGAUCUUAAUGAAGAUGAAUGGGUAGAUAUUAUCAAGUACAUGUACAACAAGGAAGACUCACUCACUGUAAUCAUUCGUGUCAACGACGCCAUUCUGGAGCAUCAAAAACUUCAAAUGACACUUGGAUCACCUACCAUGAAUAAGAGCUUUGAAAAGGCCACUAGAGUUCCGUACAAGACGUUCUUAGAAGUGUUGCUAGACUUCCAACUGGAAUCACACGAGAAGUUCUUGUCCAAGUUUGUCAAAAUGUUUAGGGAGGUAGAUAGUAACAAGGAUGGAAUUUUGAAUCAACAUGAAUUGAAACAAUUAUUAACUACAAUCAAUCCGAACGGAACAGAUGAAGAGUAUCAAAAUUUUGUUUCAAUUAUUGAUCCAAACAACAAUCAGCAAAUUACUUUCUCCGAAUGUGUGACGUAUUUGAGUGCCGAUUUGUUAAAGCUAGCUUCCGAAAGCUCUAUGAUUGUCAUGUCAACAACUGCUUCAGCCAAUCACAACAACAAAUCACAACAACUGGGAGCUAGUUCUCUUUCCAUUAACGAUUUGUAG